GGGAGGUGGUGAGCGUUGUAGUUUGGUUUGAGCCCUGCAACGAAGCGGCUGUCGUCCGGGAAGGAGUUUUGUUUCACGGCGACGCCGACAUCGUCUGAGCCGCCAGUUGUUGUUCGUCAUCUCCACAAACGCGUCCCUCGUCUGAAAAGCAGCCACAGCAACCAUGUCGGACGCAGACAAGUUCCUGUAUGUGGACCGCAAUCUGGUCAACAACCCCUUGGCACAGGCUGACUGGGCCACCAAAAAGCUGGUGUGGGUACCAUCGGAGCGUCUGGGCUUUGAGGCUGGCUCGGUGAAGGAGGAGCGCGGCGAUGAGUGCAUGGUGGAGCUGGCAGACUCUGGUAAGAAGGUGAAGGUGAACAAGGACGAUAUCCAGAAGAUGAAUCCACCCAAGUUCAGCAAAGUGGAGGACAUGGCUGAGCUCACCUGCCUGAAUGAGGCCUCUGUGCUGCACAACCUGAAAGAGCGGUACUAUUCCGGCCUCAUCUAUACGUACUCUGGUCUCUUCUGUGUGGUGAUAAACCCCUACAAGAACUUACCCAUCUACUCGGAGGAGAUUGUAGAUAUGUACAAGGGCAAGAAGAGACAUGAGAUGCCUCCUCAUAUCUAUGCCAUCACUGACACAUCCUACAGAAGCAUGAUGCAAGAUCGUGAAGACCAGUCUAUUCUGUGCACAGGAGAGUCUGGUGCUGGUAAGACAGAGAACACCAAGAAGGUCAUUCAGUAUCUGGCUCAUGUGGCCUCCUCCCACAAGACCAAAAAAGACCAGAGCUCGUUCCUGUCACAUGGGGAGCUGGAGAAGCAGCUGCUGCAGGCUAACCCUAUCCUGGAGGCCUUUGGAAAUGCCAAGACUGUCAAGAAUGACAACUCCUCCAGAUUUGGGAAGUUCAUCAGAAUCAACUUUGACGUCAACGGUUACAUUGUUGGAGCCAACAUUGAAACCUACUUGCUCGAGAAAUCCCGUGCCAUCCGCCAGGCCAAAGAUGAGAGGACGUUCCACGUUUUCUACUACAUGCUGACAGGGGCAGGAGACAAGAUGCGCUCUGAAUUGUGUCUGGAGGGCUACAACAACUACCGUUUCUUGUCCAAUGGGAACCUGACCAUUCCAGGGCAGCAGGACAAGGACCUGUUUACAGAGACGCUAGAGGCCAUGAGGAUCAUGGGCAUACCUGAGGAUGAGCAGAUUGGCAUGCUGAAGGUGGUGUCCUCUGUUCUCCAGCUGGGGAACAUGAGCUUCAAGAAAGAGCGACACACAGACCAGGCCUCCAUGCCUGACAACACGGCUGCUCAGAAGGUUUGCCACCUGAUGGGCAUGAAUGUGACAGACUUCACCAGGGCCAUCCUGUCACCCAGGAUCAAGGUCGGCAGGGACUAUGUCCAGAAGGCCCAGACGCAGGAACAGGCGGAGUUCGCUGUGGAGGCCCUAGCCAAGGCCACCUAUGAAAGAAUGUUCCGUUGGCUGGUCAUGAGGAUCAACAAGGCCCUGGACAAGACCAAGAGACAGGGAGCCUCUUUCAUUGGAAUCCUGGAUAUCGCUGGAUUCGAGAUCUUCGAGCUGAACUCGUUUGAGCAGUUGUGCAUCAACUACACCAACGAGAAGCUGCAGCAGCUGUUCAACCACACCAUGUUCAUCCUGGAGCAGGAGGAGUACCAGAGGGAGGGCAUCGAGUGGAGCUUCAUUGACUUCGGCCUCGAUCUGCAGCCUUGCAUCGACCUCAUCGAGAAACCUGCCAGUCCCCCUGGUAUCCUGGCUCUGCUGGAUGAGGAAUGCUGGUUCCCUAAGGCCACAGACAAGAGCUUUGUGGAGAAGGUGCUCCAGGAGCAAGGCACCCACUCCAAGUUCCAUAAACCCAAGAAACUGAAGGAUGAGGCAGACUUCUGCAUCAUGCACUAUGCUGGCAAGGUGGAUUACAAGGCUGAUGAAUGGUUGAUGAAGAACAUGGACCCUCUGAAUGAUAAUGUGGCCACUCUGCUCAACCAGUCCACUGAUAGAUUUGUCUCUGAGCUGUGGAAGGAUGUGGAUCGUAUCGUCGGCCUGGAUAAGGUAGCUGGAAUGUCUGAGAUGCCAGGUGCCUUUAAAACCCGUAAAGGGAUGUUCCGCACAGUGGGCCAGCUGUACAAGGAGCAACUGUCCAAGCUCAUGGCAACCCUCAGGAACACCAACCCCAACUUUGUGCGCUGCAUCAUCCCCAACCAUGAGAAAAAGGCUGGUAAACUUGACCCCCACUUGGUUCUGGACCAGCUGAGGUGUAAUGGAGUUCUGGAGGGAAUCCGUAUCUGCAGACAGGGCUUCCCCAACCGCAUUGUCUUCCAGGAGUUCAGACAGAGGUAUGAGAUCCUCACUCCUAAUGCCAUCCCCAAGGGUUUUAUGGAUGGCAAGCAGGCCUGCGUGCUCAUGAUCAAAAGCCUGGAACUGGAUCCCAACCUGUACAGAAUUGGCCAAAGCAAAGUAUUCUUCAGGGCUGGAGUGCUGGCCCACCUGGAAGAGGAGAGAGACAUGAAAAUCACUGAUGUCAUCAUCAGCUUCCAGGCUUGGUGCAGAGGCUAUGUGGCCCGGAAGGCUUUUGCUAAGAGGCAGCAGCAGUUGACUGCCAUGAAGGUGAUCCAGAGGAACUGUGCUGCCUAUCUCAAACUCAGAAAUUGGCAAUGGUGGAGACUCUUCACCAAGGUUAAGCCCCUGUUGCAGGUGAGCAGGCAGGAAGAGGAGAUGCAGGCCAAGGAUGAGGAGCUGCUCAAGGUGAAAGAGAAGCAUCUGUAUACUCAGCAGCAGCUCGAGGAGAUGGAGGUCAAACAGCAGCAGCUGAGUGCUGAGAAACUAGCCCUUCAGGAGCAGCUUCAGGCAGAAACGGAGCUUUGCGCAGAGGCUGAAGAGAUGAGAGCCCGUCUGGCUGCCAGGAAGCAGGAGCUGGAGGAGAUCCUCCAUGACCUGGAGGCUCGGGUGGAGGAAGAGGAGGAGCGUGCCAACCACCUACAGUCAGAGAAAAAGAAGAUGCAGCAGAACAUUACAGACUUGGAGCAACAGCUGGAUGAGGAGGAGGCUGCCAGGCAGAGACUCCAGCUGGAGAAGGUGACCUUAGAGGCAAAGAUGAAGAAGGUGGAUGAGGAUGUUAUGGUGCUGGAUGACCAGAACAACAAACUAUCCAAGGAGAAGAAACUGCUCGAGGAGAGGAUAUCCGAGUUUACUACCAACCUGGCUGAGGAAGAGGAGAAAUCCAAGAGCCUACAGAAACUCAAGACCAAACAUGAAGCCAUGAUCAGUGACCUGGAAGACCGUCUUCGCAGAGAGGAGAAGCAGCGCCAGGAGCUGGAGAAGAACAGGCGUAAGCUCGAAGGAGACUCCACUGAGCUCCACGACCAGAUUGCUGAAUUGCAGGCCCAGAUUGCUGAGCUCCGUGCCCAACUUGCCAAGAAGGAAGAGGAGCUCCAGGCAGCCCUGGCCAGGAUCGAGGAGGAGGCGGCCCAGAAGAACUUGGCCCAGAAAAAGAUCCGCGAGAUGGAGGCUCAGCUCUCAGAACUGCAAGAGGAUCUGGAGCUUGAGAGACAAGCUCGCACCAAGGCAGAGAAGCACCGCAGGGACCUGGGAGAAGAGCUGGAGGCCCUCAAGACAGAGCUGGAGGACACACUGGACUCCACUGCAGCUCAGCAGGAGCUCAGGUCCAAGCGUGAGACUGAGGUAACUCAUCUAAAAAAGGCUCUGGAUGAAGAGGCCAAGGUCCACGAACUGCAGGUGGUGGAGAUGAGACAGAAACACAGCCAGGCCUUUGAUGAGCUCAACGAGCAGCUUGAGCAAGCUAAGAGGAACAAGGUGUCUGUGGACAAGGCCAAGCAGGCUCUGGAGUCUGAGAGGAACGAGCUGGCCAUAGAGUUGCAGACGCUGAUGCAGGGUAAGGGAGACUCUGAACAUCGCAGGAAGAAGGCUGAAGCCCAGGUCCAGGAACUGCUGGUCAAACAAGCCGAGACUGAGCAUCAGCGCCAGGAGCUGGCUGAAAAGUUGACCAAGCUACAGGCUGAGCUGGACAACGUCAAUAGCGUGCUGAAUGAGGUGGAGGGCAAGUCCAUCAAGGCAACAAAAGACUGCUCUGCUGUUGAGUCCCAGCUACAGGAUGUCCAGGAACUGCUGCAGGAGGAGACACGCCAGAAGCUGUCUCUCAACACACGUCUGCGUCAGCUGGAAGAUGAUCAGAGCAGCCUGAGAGAGCAGCUGGAGGAGGAGGAAGAGGCCAAGAAAUCUGUAGAGAAACAGCUUUUCAGUGUGCAGGCUCAGCUUGCUGACAUGAAAAAGAAAGUGGAGGCGGAAGCUGGCUGUCUGGAGAAUGCUGAGGAGGGGAAGAAGAAGCUUCAGAGGGAGCUGGAGGCAGUGAACCAGCGAUGGGAGGAGAAGUGUGCUGCCUUUGAGAAGAUGGAUAAGACCAAGACGCGUCUCCAGCAGGAGCUGGAUGACCUGCUAGUGGACCAGGACCAUCUCCGACAGAUCGUCUCCAACUUGGAGAAGAAGCAGAAGAAGUUUGACCAGAUGCUGGCAGAGGAGAAGAACAUCUCUGCACGCUAUGCAGAGGAGCGUGACCGUGCUGAGGCUGAGGCAAGGGAGAAGGAGACUCGUGCCCUGGCUCUGACCCGCGAGCUUGAAUCUUUGAUGGACACGAAGGAUGAAUUGGACCGCAGCAACAAACUGCUGCGUGCUGAAAUGGAGGACCUGGUAUCCUCAAAGGAUGAUGUUGGCAAGAGUGUCCAUGAGCUGGAGAAGUCCAAGCGUGGCAUGGAGCAGCAGCUGGACGAGAUGAGGACCCAGCUGGAGGAACUGGAGGAUGAGCUGCAGGCCACAGAGGAUGCCAAGCUGCGCCUGGAGGUCAACAUGCAGGCCAUGAAGGCCCAGUACGAGAGGGACCUGGCAGGACGAGAUGAGAUGGGUGAAGAGAAGAAGAGGGCACUGAUCAAACAGGUGCGAGAGAUGGAGCUUGAGCUUGAGGAUGAGAGGAAGCAGCGUUCUGUCGCCGUGGCAGCCCGUAAGAAGCUUGAACUGGACCUGAAGGAACUGGAGGCAGCCAUUGAUAUGGCCAACAAGAACCGUGACGAGGCCCUUAAGCAGUUGAAGAAGCUCCAGGCCCAGAUGAAGGAACUUAUCAGGGAGCUAGAAGACACUCGUAUGUCCAGGGAAGAGAUCCUUGCUCAGGCCAAGGAGACCGAGAAGAAGCUGAAGGGCAUGGAGGCCGACAUGAUCCAGAUGCAGGAGGAGUUGGCAGCUGCAGAGCGUGUGAAAAGACAGGCCCAGCAGGAGAGAGACGAGCUACAGGAUGAGAUUAACAACCAGGCCAGCAAGAAUGCGCAGAUUGCGGAGGAGAAGAGAAGGCUGGAGGCCCGCAUUGCUCAGCUAGAGGAGGAGCUUGAGGAGGAGCAGAAUAACACGGAACUGGUCAACGACAGGCUGAAGAGAGCCAUCCUGCAGAAUGACCAGAUGAAUGUGGAGCUUACUGCUGAGCGCAGCACCUCCCAGCGCAUCGAGGGGGCUCGAGCCCAGCUGGAGCGCCAGAACAAGGAGCUGAAACUGAAGCUGCAGGAGCUGGAGGGAACGGUCAAGUCCAAGUACAAGGCCAGUAUCUCCGCCCUGGAGGCCAAAAUCGCCCAGCUGGAGGAGCAACUGGACAUAGAGACCAGGGAGAGGCAGGCCGCCUCCAAAUUGGUCAGACGCACCGAGAAGAAGAUGAAGGAGGUCAUCCUGCAGGUGGAGGAUGAGCGACGCAACACGGAGCAGUACAAAGACCAGUCGGAGAAGUUGAACUCUCGUAUGAAGCAACUGAAGAGGCAGCUGGAGGAGGCCGAGGAAGAGGCACAGAGAGCAAAUGCAAACCGCAGGAAACUGCAGCGGGAGCUGGAGGAUGCCACAGAGUCGGCAGAUGCCAUGAACCGUGAAGUUAGCACCCUCAAGAGCAAGCUCAGGCGUGGGGAUCUUCCCUUCACCAUGCGCCGGAUUGUUAGCCGUGCCGGUAUUGAAAGCGACGAGGAAAGUGAACCCAAAAGCGAGACCCCCGAGCCCAAACCAGAGUGAAUAGCCAUAGUACCCUCCUGCUCCUGAUAGGAAGAACUGCAUUAUGAAUAGACAGACCCAUAUACAGAUCCACCUACUAUAUAGAGAGGAACACAAUUUGUUGUAAUACUGUAUGAAAAACACACAGGGAGUUGGCUGAUGACAGUCUCAAGUCCUUCUAUGGUGACAAUCUAUGCACACUUGAUAGACUCUCGCAUUUGCAGAAGCCAGUAAACAAAGAUGCAGACAAUCACCAUGCUGACUCAUUCUUAAACACGUAUAAUGUCUUUGGCCAGAUUUCUUUCUCUUUUUUUUUUUCUUUUUUUUUUUUGGUGUGUGCUUCAUUCUCUGAGGGGAGGAAAAAAAUACAAUAUUUUUAUAAUGAUACAUUCCAAUUAAAUAGUCCUGAUUUAGGAACUAUUUUUGUAACUAAAGAAUGAGAAACUGGGAAGAAUAAUGAAUAAAUGAGGACCGAUUACAGGAAGGGGACCAAAAUGAUACUGCAGCCAAUAGAUUUGUAUUUUAUUCAAAAGUUUUUAUAAUGGUCAAGUAUGAAACUACUAUAUGUUUAUUAUGGCUUGUGCUCGCAAUCGCCUCAGUUUAUAAUGGAGAUUUAUGUGCUGAAAUAUACUCUAUUAAUUUAGCUGUGGUUAGCGUGCUACACGACGAUGCUUUCCCGCUUGAUAUGAAAAAUAUACAGUUUUCCUUGUUAGCAUCUAAUUUCGUCACAAAUUUACUCGCGGCAACAGAUUAGAGACUCGUUGGUGUAUGGUGAAGGCAUUUUGAUUAUGACUGUUGAAAUUUCUUAAUUUUGCACUGAGAUGUAAAACUUAAGUCUAGACGUGAUAAAACCACUGCAUUGUUCCAUUGAAUUUAAAUGUUGGAUAAAGAGGACAAAUAUACCCUCAGGGGAUGUUUUUAAAUUUCAGACUAUGCACAAGCUCAUACACAACAUGCCAACACACUAAGGCCUUAUACGACUUAAUUCUUCUCGCAUGCAAGGGUGUUUUCCCUCACUCCUAAAGUUAUUCAAAAGAUUGAUUUCAAAGUGUUGUAUCGAUACGCUGGGUAAAGCUUAAAUGGGGUGGUAGGGUACUUUGUCAUUACUCUCAGUACACACUGUAUUCUCAGGGCACAGCAUGACGUGGUGCAGGAGGUGAGGAUUCUGCAGACCAAAGGGACAUUCGGGAGCUACAGGGAGGUAGUUCUUCUUAGCUAAUUAGGGGGGGGGUCUCUGUUAGCGUUUAAUCCAUACACCAUGUUGACUGCCAACUGGGUCUUGAUAGAUAGAUAGAUGAGGAUUUGGCAAAAGGAGAUGCCCCAGGUUGAAACUUACGGCCAGACAUUAAAUAGGUCUCAGCACAUUUGCGGUUGCAUCAAGGUGUUGCUUGAUGUAGGGCUUAAGGUAAAUUGAACUCCUCACAGGCUGUGCUCACUGGUGGCUUUUGGCUCACACUGCUGGGAAGUGAGAGGAACGUGUUAAGGAAUGGUGAAUCACAAAAAAAAGUAUCACUGUCAUCUUUCUCACUUUAAAAGACGCUUUAAAAAAAAAAACCAAAUGAAGAAAAGCUGAAAAAAAUGCAUCGUAUUCAUUUUCUGUGUUCAAUUUCUGUAUGCACCUCUCGAAUCAGUAUCUCGAGGGACAAGUUGUGAAUUAUUGGUAUUAUUGCAAUAAAGAGGCUUUCUGAACCGCUUCA